AUAAUUAAUAAAAAUAAACUUGUACAUAUUUAAUUUGUAUAGAACAAAUAAAAAGCUUAUCUAAUUGGCAAUUUAUUGUUGUAAAUUAUAAAAUUAUUCUACGCAAUAUUUUUUUAAUAAUCAAUACGUUAAUCUAAGCAUGCAAAGUCAAAAAUCGAGAUGAAUUGUGUUAAAGUUUUACAAAAUAAUUACAAUAAAUCAAUAAUAAAUUUAUUAUUGAAAGCAAAAUAUUCAAGAAAAAGUGCAAAAAGUAUUGAUUCAUAUACUUUAAUAAAUUCAGACAGAGUUGAUACUAAUACUGGUGAUAAUGAUUUUGAAAGAAUAAAUUCAAAUUGGGAAUUAUUUGGUAAUCAUGGUUUUAGAUUUUAUUUACCUGGUACAAUUGGUCCUGGUUGGCUUGAUGUAUCAAAAACAGCUGUACCAAAUGACGUACAAACAAUUGUUAAAACAAAUAAUAAUAUGAUUGAUGACAAUAAAUAUUCAAGUAGACGAAAAAAUAAUGUACAUACACCAACAUUGUAUUGUGAAGUACAAAAAUGUCCAUUAUUAUUGAGAAAAGGGAUUAUUGAAUUAUUUCCUGGUAAUAUAGAAGUAGCAUCACAACAUUUGACUAUUGUUACAAUAACACAAAAAUUUUAUCCAAGAUCAAUGAGACAAGGAUGUGAUAAUGAGACUGAAAAAUUAGCAAAAUUUUUCGUUAUAGCUGCUUACAAUCUUUGUAUGAAAUUAAAAAUGUUUGGAUAUUGGGCUAAUUUUGUAAAUCCAUUCAGUGGAUUACCAUACAUGAACCCUCAAAAAAAUGCAACACUUUACAAAACAGAUGAACGUUUUCGUUGCUUAGGCUUCAAAGUGUCUAAUCAAAGUACAUGUCAAGUCAUAACUCAUGACAAUAAACAAACUGAAUUUAUUGGGAGUCUUUUUACAAAUGCUCCGUCAAAUGCAGAUUUUCUAAAAUCAUUAAUCGAGGAAAUACCAAAUGAUAAUGAUUGAAAUCAGUUUAAAUAAACUAGUUAAAAUACAAUGUCAAAAAUAUUUUUCUUUGUAUCAAAUUUAGAUUUUAAAAAGUAAUAGAAUUUUAAACAAUAAUAUAAAUACGAAAGUAAAUUUUAUCAUUUAUUCUGACUAUUUGAACUAAUAAAAAUAUUUUUAAAGUUUAUUCAAAUUUUUUGAUUAGAAAUUUAUUUUUUUAAAAACAAUAUUUAAUAUUUUAAAUAAUCAUAAUAACAUAAAUUUUAUUUUAAAAAUAAAAGCUACAAGUUGAUUUGAUUAAAAC